AUGCCGGCGCCUUCCAAGAGCGCAGCAUCCAGAACCCUGAAGGGAGUUCCUAGCGACGCAAGCAGCCCCAGUGCUGCUGCCGCCAGAGGCCAGAAACGCCAAAAGCGUGCCGGUGCCAAUCCACCAGUCACACAGGAUCCAGCACAUGUGUGGGAGAAUGACUUGAAUAUUGAGGAAGUCUUUGCUGAUGCGACUGGCGCGGCCCGCAUCGAGAAGAUCUUCCAAAUUUUUGGUGACCCGAAAGACGAAUAUGUUGACGUCCCGUGGUUCCAGCAGGAUUCACGCCCGACUUUGAUUUCAGACCAGCUGAAUCGCCCGCUUCAACAAAGCACCGUUCGGGACUACGAACGCCGCAUCUUCGAAUCAGGAUUGGCUGUGGAUUGCAGACUGCCUUGGCUUCGGUGGUCUAAUGGACCGCGUCAACAGAAUUACCCACUGCUGGCCUUGUCCUUCAAUCACAGACGCGAAGCAUUUUACAAUGCUUUUGAGAAAGAUCCGAACCAUCCAAUGGUUCAGCAAAGUCUCAAGCAAGGGCUCCGGCGCUGCAGAAUCUUGCACAAGGCCACCCCCAACUACAUUGUGAAUUGGCUUUGCAGCGAACACAACAAGCAUCACUCAGGGUCUGGUGAGACGGCACUGGGUGUCAUGGCAGAAGCAAUGAAAGUGGAGGCUGCGUGGAAAAGGAAGUGCGCAGCCGAUGCCAUUACAACUCAUCAUGAGAAUUACCAAAAGAUGUACGAUGCUUUUGUCCGGCGUGAGUCAGAACUUUUUGCAGACUCUGUGCAGUAUUUCAGUGAAGCAAAGGCGCUGGCUCGCACUCUUGAGUCGUAUGAUGCGCAAGCAGCUUUCCAAGAAUGGUACCUGGCCCAUGGUGAUUUCUUGAAUUCUUCCACUACUCCUUUCGUAUGCAUCUCGGCGAUGAACCAAAUGGCCGUCCUCAUCGUCAAGUGCAUGAGGAAUUUCCACAGCAAGUCGGAUCUGAAGGUGGUUCUCAUUGAAGCUUUGAAAUUCUGCGUGCCAUCGAUUGGGACUGGAGCUCACCGGCAGAUUCCAUCGCCUUUCUUGGCUCCUGCUGCACGUGCAGCCAUGGCCAAUGUGACCAUUCCAAUGGGAGAGUCCGUCACCUUCAAAAGGCUGCUGAAGAAGAAGGAGCAAAAAGCAGAAGACGAAGCCAUCAAGAGAAAGCUCACCACCGGCGCUUCCAUUGGCAAUGGCGACGGGGAGGAGUUUGAGGAGAACACUGCUGAGCAGAAGGGCGAAGAGCAAUCUCAGGAUGACGGUGGAGAAGGCUCAUCAGAUGACCAUGGAGUCCAUGGAGCUGCUGCCUCUAUGUGUGGCAAGCCCAAUGUAGAUGCGGCCAUCAACGCACUCAAGGCCGACAAAGAGAAAGAAAGGUCCAGAAAGGUUCUCAAGCAGAUUACCAAGGACAAGAACAAGAACAAGAAACCCAAGUCAGCCGCUGCUGUAGCAAAGGAAAGAGCGCAGCAAGAAGCGAAACCAACCUUAGAACUCGACGAGUGUGACGACUUCAAGCCAACGAUUUCCAACAGGUCAUCGCCGCAAGACUCUAGAGUGAAGACGGCCCUUGACGACUUCCUUUGUUCCAUCCGCUUUGCCCGCAUGAACCUUCCUGUGAAGAUUCCAGACGAUGAAGCUUCGCGUAGCAAGCAUUUCCUGGUCUCGCUCUUCCUCGAACUUGCUUGGACCUCCUCGGUGGCUGUGAACGGCAAGAUCUUCAAGACAUAUUCCUCUUUCAGGGACGAGUGCCAGAAGGUUUUCGUCGCUGCGCAUCAACGGAUUCAGAUCGGUAAGGAAAGCUUUGACCCAUUGCACUUGGCCAAGAACCUCAUGUCGAUGGUGAACACGCCCGUGGCGUUGGAUGCCACUGAUGGUGGAGAUGAAGAGGGCAUGCUGAGCUUCAUCAAGAAUUUUGACGCUGUGGCCGAUGUGCGAGCGUUCCUCGAGGGCCAGCUGCAUCUGCCUCCGUCAAUGCAUGACCAGUUUGCAAUCUUUCGCAAGGCAUUGGGAACCAGGUUCAAGCAGUUUGGUGACUUGAAGACUUUCCGAGAUCAGCUCGCCUACUUCUUUGAAGUUUUCUCCGAAGCAAAGGUGAUCCCUGCAAACUGGGUCGUUUUUGCUACGAGCACGGCGUUCUUGUACAAGGCAGCUGGCAAGUUUGUUGAGGAGACUGGCAAGCUCUUUCAGUCUGAAGAACAGUUGGGUCACUUUUGCAGCAUGCGCGCCAAGUACAUUCUUAUGGGCUUGAAAGAUCUUGUGCAAAUGAAGCAAAUGAAGUGCAGCGACGACAGCCAGAAGUCCAUCGUCCUUUUGGCUGCAGCUGUGGAUUCUCCAGCGUGUUCCCCUGCCGACGACAAGGGGUCAGACAUGCAGCUGAUCGGCGCUUUGUCUGGCUUUGAUGGAGUUUUGUGGCAGCAUUAG